AUGAAUCGGAGCAUAAUUGAAGGGAUCAAGACCCGAUUGGGAAGGCAUGAAAGCAAUUGGCUCGAAGAGUUGCCAAACGUUCUAUGGGCUAUAAGAACAACAGAAAAAACAAGCCACAAAAGAAUACCUUACAGCUUGGUGUUCGGGUCGGAAGCUGUGAUUCCAGCUGAAAUAGGAGUUGUGACUCAAAGAACACUCAACAUGGAUCCUGAAGCAAACAACAAAGAGACCAUGUUGAACUUGAAACUCCUCGAGGAAACACGAGACCAAGCUGCAAUUCAAGAAGCCAAGUACAAGCAAAAGAUGGAAGCUUAUUACAAAAAAGAGUCAAGCAUGAACGCUUCAAGCCAGGAGACCUUGUACUUAGAAACAAUGAGGCUAGUAAAAAAGAGAACCAAGGAAAACUUGGCCCAAAGUGGGAAGGUCCAUAUACGAUACUUGAAGCACAUAAGGGUGGAUCCUAUAAACUAG